CAUUUUUCUGUCAGUUAGAGCCGAGCCGUUCCGGAGGACGGACGAAAGGAACCAACUAACAAACGAACACAGCAGGCACGCAUACACGCUCACUCACUCACUCACUCCAAUUGUAUAAGCUCCAGUCAGAAAACAGAAAAAAACAAUGCAAACAGGCUUUUUUGGCCAACUCAUUUGAUUCCUUUUAUGCUUCGCCUGUCCUAUUUUGUGAAGUGUUACUACUCUCCACGAUUUCAAUCCAUGAUUUCAAGUCAAGUCCGCGGAUCGAUCUCAAAAAGGCCCUUUGGAGGACAUUUCUAAAGAUGAGGACCUCCCAACAACGACCUGCUGUGCCUUCCAAUUUUGGGCCAUGAAACUCGCGCCGUCCCCGCUAUGUUGUGUUCCAUGGGCCAACCCUUGUGCAAAGAAUGGGGACCUCUGUGUUUCAAAGUGAUCUGGGUCCUGGUCGUCCUCAUGCACUCGGUGCAAAGUGACCCGAAUUGUUUGGAGAUUUGCACCUCAGACUUGAACUACUCCUCGGACACAUGCUCCCUCAGUGGAGGCAGAUGCGCCCUAUGCAUUCAGGGAUGCCGCUCAUAUCAAGUGGGUCUCGCUCAGGGAUGCGAAAGUGCGUGCAAUAAUACCGUCCACGAAUCAUUCUUCGAGCUCAAGAAGACCUCUUCGUGUACCUUAGGGUGCCAGGGAGCCAUCCAAGGUCUCUUGGUCCAAAUCCAGGAGUCCAAGGACUUUAACCCCCCACACCUGAUUUCCAACUCUCUGGGCAGCACACAACUCAAACUCAUUUGGCAGCCUCUGAAGAGCCGUUUGGGCUCGGAUUUGGGGCCACAGACCACCCUGCUCCAGAUCAAGCCAUGGAAGAGGGGGCAGACCUGGCAAAGCUUGUUCGAGAUCCACACCGACCAAAACCAUCUGAUCGAAGUGACAGAGCUGGAACCGUUCACUCGGUUCCAGUUUCGAGUGGCUGUGAGCUAUUCCGACCAGUUCCCUCUGAUCUUCUCCAAACCCACACCCUUGAUUCAAACCAAGCCUGAGGGCCUACCUGGGGCUCCCACCAUUGUGCAAGUGUCAGAAAUAAACAACCGGCACAUGACGAUAUCGUGGAAUCCCCCUGAACAUCCUCGAAACAUCCUCUCUUUCUAUCGGCUCCAUAUCACCACCAUUAUGGACGAUCAGGAUAAAGAUCCCGCCCAAGUGAUCAAGGACAUUCCAACCUCCAAGAGCAAGGACCCGGCUCCCUUCAACUACACCACGGGCCCACUCGAAUAUGGCAAACGCUACCAAGUCGAGAUAUCUGCUGUUAACAUCAAUGGGGAUGAAGGCGAACGAGAUGCCGGAUAUUUGCAAAUGUCAGACCAGACGACUCCCAACAAUGCCUGGAAUGAUUACCCUUUCAUCUAUGUAUCCAAUGGGCCUGAUGUUUACCAAAAGAGCCUUGUAGCUCAGGAGUUGUGGGACUUUGCUGAGAAAUUGUUCAGCAUUUCGAAUCCGAUUCGAGCUAUGGCCACUCACGUCAAAUGGAACACGGUCUACCUUUUGGAUGAUCAGGGAUCCAUUUGGAGCAACACGACUGAAAUAGUGAUGGAAGUGGACGGAAACAUCCUGGAUAUCAAAGUUGACUGGCUCUUCGAUCAUUUGAUAGUGAUCUCGGAUCAGAAUGCCGUUCAUAAAUGCUCCUUAAGCACAUGGCAAUGCCAUCGACAUCUGGCCAGAAAUGCGAGGAUUCAGGAUCUCCAAGUGGAUCCAAUUAACGGGUUCAUCUAUUGGAAAGAAACCACCCAAGCCGGAUUGGGCGACGAUGAAUUGUGGAAGUUUUCUGAGUGCCAGCCUCAGCCCAAGAAAUUAUACCGUUCAUCUGCAUUGGGCUCUUUCACUCUCGAUUGGAACCUGGACUUGGUUUUGAUCGUUGACAUCGCUAAAAACGACCUGAUCUCCAUUCCGUUGGGCGACAGCAAUGAUGUUUCCCCUGGUCAAGGCUGGAACAUGACCUUCAGUACCCGUCGAAAGCCAUUUGAAAGCAUGUCCAAGGGUGCGAUGUUCACCUUCAAUGGCUCGAUCUAUUGGACUGCCGGAAAAGUGCUUAACGUACUCAUUGAAGAAGAGGGCUUUGGCCAUUUUCACAACUCCUACGAAGAUAAGAUCGACCUUUCCAAGGCUGUGUUCCAUCAUAUGAGUGCUCAAAGUGUUCCAUUUCCGUUGAAUCCUGUGACCAAUGUUGAAGUCCUCUUUGCUCCGAGCGACAAGCUAGCUUCUUGCUCUACACUUGCUGAAAUCAAAUGGAAUGAAAGUGUCAAUAGCGAAUCCAAGUGCGCGUGGCAACAUUGGAACCACACCAUUCGAUUGACACGUAACUUGAGUAAGGAAACCUUGCUCCAUAACACUAGUGCCAGCUCCACGAACUCUUACAUUGCUUGUGUUCAACCCGAAGACCUCUUCAAUGUGAGCGUCCAAGCUUUUUCAUCCAGUGGACGGAGUGAGUGGUCCAAAACAACUCAAAGUAUGAGUAUUCCUAAGUUGCCACUCCAGGAUGGUUCGACCAAUUCUGUCACUUUAGUCUGGGCAAGUCUGGAUCAAGUAUUCGAAAGCGAUCUCUUAUUACGCAAUAUCAGCUACAAAACGGUUGGGUUCGAAGCCUUGAGUGUGAUUUGUCAAAACGGGCACACCAUUUUGUCUAAUGGGGUUUCCAUCCGGAAUGGAACACAGACUUUGUACGAUUCGUUACCACGCAAGUCUCACGAUGAUUUAGUAUCGGAGCCCUUUUCUCGGAGUCUCUAUUGGAGUGGAGCUAACGAAAUCAUUCGCAUUGACUCCAAUGAAAUCCUACAAAUCCCCGCUUUAGGCGUCAGAUCCAUGGCAAUCGAUAGUGACUCGGCAAUUCUGUGUUGGAACAAAUAUGGAACCAUGAUUGUUUGCUCAGGGCUAUUUGGAACAGACGAGAGAGUUGUCUAUAACUUGGGCCCUUGGUCAAGUGAGAUCAUUGUGGACCUUGAGAUCGACCCAAUGAGCAAGUCCUUGAUCGUCAUGACCACUGUCAGGAUUCUCAAAGGCCAUAGUGUUCAAGACAAUAAUACUCCUUUCGAGUCAUUGACGACGAUCCACGAAUUCGAAAGCGGCCAACAGAGACCCCGACGGCUCAAAGUGUUCUUGAACAAGUUGCAGUGGCUGGAGGGAGACCAUGUCUUGGUCACCUUUGACUUGAAAGGCCACAGCUUGAGCCGAUUCCAACUUGGCAGCUCGAGAGUGACGGAUUUCUGUGUGCAAGGACUGUCUCUGGCCCAACCAGAGUUUCCAAUCGUGCCCAUCCCGGUGAGCGAAGAGUCCAUUCGUGUUGAUGAAAACACGAGUGGCAAUUUUGUCAUCAAGUUUGAAACGAGUUCAGCUCAUCGCUCGUACGACGAACAAAAAUUGACUUAUCAUGUCUUGCUCGAGUUCCAAAGCAAAUUUGCGAGUUUCCAGACAAACGAGCCGUCCAUUAAUCUCGAGCCAUUGUCCCUGACCCCCGGCGAAAAGGUCAAAGUGUCUAUAAUUUCGGCCUCUAAUUGGAUGCGAUCUCGAGUUUCCCAGAAGUCGAUGUUCAUGCCUUCCAAGAUUGCCUCGAGACCCCAACACUUAAGAGCUUUUAUCCACGACAUGUCUCAAAAUGAGAGCCUGUCAUCGUUGAGCAUACUUUUGCGAUGGAGCCAACCCCUGCUUCCCAAUGGCAACAUAACCGGUUACCGUUUGACCAUCAACAAUGACGAUUCGCUCACGAAGAUCAUCCCGUCCGACAAGUUGGAGCAAGUUCUCAUCAUGGAGAAGGGUCGGGGUCUGAGGGUGGGAUUGAGUUGCGAAAACUCGGCCGGGUUAAGCGAGGAAGCUUCCCUGGUCAUAAAUAACUGGCUUGAUCUCCCGUCGUUGCCCCAGGUUCUGCUCUACGAAAACGAUAAUUUGACGAUAUAUGAUCUAGAUCUAUCAAUCGUGGCCGGAUCAUUUGAUGUGGGUGACAUUUCAUCCCUCGAUUUUGACGGCAGUUUGGUCUUUUUCACGAAGACGGGUGGCUUUAUUUACUCGUUGGAUCUACUCACAGGCAUCAAAAGCAGACUGUUGACCUCUCACAUGAACGGCGCAUUUCUGCAACAUUUGAAGAUCGAUUGGAUUUCCAAGACUGCGUACUUUGUGAACGGCCGUUUUCUACAAAAAUACACGCUCACGACGGAAGUCCUGACCAAUGUCGUGGAUUUGCAAGGAGACGCAGUGGACAAUGUCGAGAUUGAUCCCUUGCGGAACACCCUCUACAUCUCGGAAAUCCACGGGGGUGGUUUCCGCUUGUUUCAGUACAAUUUGAAUGCCUUUGGAGUUGUCAAAAGCAAAAGAGUCAUCCUGGGAGAGGACGCGCAAUGCUCAUCUUGCCAGGAAAUGGACACAGGAAAUCCUUUUCAUUUCACAUUGAAACCCAAUCACGAGGACAAAAAGCCCGCUCUUGUCGUUUUGACAAAUGACGGAGGCUUGUACACCAUCUUGGCCGACAAAAGCGCCUGUGAGUGCCGCUUCCAGCGUCAGAUUCCCGCGUGGAGCCAAAUUUCGGCCGACAGGAGCAAUAUCUAUUGGCAGUCUCACAACCGUAUUCAAUAUCUUGAGGCCAAUCAAGGGCAAAUCAUGGACCUCAUUGGAAUCACCAGGUCAAAAGAGGUCCUGAUCCGACCCUAUUGUCAAGAUUGUCACGUCAGACCAAUUGGACAAUGCCUCCGCCCAACUUUGAUCUCCAAACAGGUCGUGAUUGAGGAGGUCGGAGAGAAUUGGAUCGGCAUAAGGUUGCCCAAAUUCCGGGCCCCUUGCGUGAAUAGUCUGCCUCCAAUUGUAUAUAAUGUCACUUACUUUGAAAUGUCCUCAGAUCAGGAGAGGCUGUCGAGAAACUCCGUUCUCGUUCAAAUUGCAAAUGAUUCACCAGACCAAUACCAAUUGCGUCUCCAGCAUCUGAAGGCGUUCACGCACUAUGCAAUCAAAGUUGUUAGUGAAUCAUUUCGGAAAGAUCCAGAUGAGAGCCUGGUGUACGCACGUACUGCUGAAGGGCAGCCUAGCGAAGUUCAAAAUGUGGUCGCCUCAGCCAUCGACCCCAUGACCAUUCGAGUGUCUUGGAAUCCCCCAGCCCAUCCUAAUGGCAAACUCGUUCAUUACAAUAUCCAUUACCAACUUCACCGUGUCAUUUCCACGAGUAGAUUGCCCACACAGAAUCGUCAGGUGCUCCUCGGGUUCUCCAAUGCUCGGAUGCAUUUUAAUUUGACCGAAUUAGAGCCCGAUCAAGAGUACUCUAUUUGGGUCGAGGCCAGAACAGAAAGCCCCAAAAUCUCCAAGUCAAAGCCAAUCACGGUCAAGACAUUUAAGCAAAUCAAUCUACCUCAGACGACCUCCAAGACGCCUCGAACCCUCGAGAUCUCUUGGCGUGCUCCCAAAAUCCGAGAAAUACGCAACCACCGUUUUAAACUCACUCCCCGGGCUUCGAAAACGUCCCAAUACUUCCCCAAGUCUAUGGUUGAGACUCAGAUGGACCAGACCUAUGUUGCCAAAUUUACCGGUUUGAACCCAGGGAUCGAUUAUGCGGUCCAAAUUGAGGUCCAAUUUGAAGUCGACAUUGGGAACCGUUCGGCCAUCUUCCCUUACACAUGGCCGUCCAACAAGUCUCCCCGAAUAGUUACCACGCCCCCUGAUGCACCCCUGGUGCCCGGCCAGCCCUAUGUCAUGGAAGAUGUGGCUCAAGCUCAAGUGUAUCUCGCAUGGAACUCCAAUCACGACCUGGUCGAGAUAUAUGAGCUGGAGGCCAAGCCGUACGAACCCAACAAAACGUUGAAUGGCACCACCCUCAACUGGAGUCUAGUUUACAAUGAUGCAGACACGAAAUGGCCUGUGUCUGGAUUAGCCGGAGAUACCUUUGUGUUUCGAGUUCGGGCCAGGAACGAGUUUGGUUGGAGCAAUUUCAGCGAUGUGACGUCGCCCAUUGAUGUGGCUCUCAUUCAGGCCUCCAAAGGUCACUUACGAACAGGGUUUGGUAAAAUCGUGGGAGUUUCCGCAGCAGGCGUAGCGAUUGUAGCCGUUCUUUUGGUCCUCCUUAUUGUUAUGUGCAUUCGUCGGCCUUGGAAUAAAAAGAUUGCUCUAGGCUUCCGACGGGACCAUGAAUUGGAAUUGGCCACACGGAGAGAGCUGCCUCACAUGAUCACAGGGAGCAAUAUCCUUGAAGCCAAUCCCACAUAUGGUAUUGAAAUCCCCACUGAGCAAGAGAUUAACGACAUUCCUAAGAUCUCAAGGUCCCACAUUACUUGCACAAACUUCAUAGGGUCUGGGGCGUUUGGAAAAGUGUAUGAAGGUAUUGCAAAGGGUUUGAGGUCUGGCGAUCCCAAUUCCACAACAACCAGGGUGGCCAUCAAAAUGCUCGGAAAGAACGCUACCAAUGAGGAACGUGUCAAAUUCUUGAAAGAAGGAUUGGCCAUGUCCAUGUUCAAGCACCCCAACAUAAUCCAUCUCAUCGGCAUAUGCUUGGACAACAACCCUCCUUGCUUGGUCCUGGAGCUAAUGGAAGGAGGAGACCUUCUAGCCUAUUUCAAGCGUUGUCGAGACCCUGGAAGCCAGUACAAACUCACUUUGGCGGACUUGGGCCAGAUCUGUUGCGAUGUGGCCAAAGGCUGCACUUAUUUGUCAGAUAUGCAAUACAUACACCGGGACAUUGCAGCCCGGAAUUGCUUGGUGUCGUCCAUGAAUCCGCAGGAGAGAGUGGUUAAGAUAGGAGACUUUGGUUUGGCCAGAGACAUCUACAAAGACGCCUAUUAUCGCAAAAAUGGGCAAUCGCUACUUCCAAUCAAGUGGAUGGCGCCCGAGUCGCUAGCCGACAACAAAUAUACAAUCAAAAGCGAUGUCUGGUCCUUUGGUGUCCUCUUGUGGGAAAUUAUCAACCUGGGCCGAAGUCUGCCAUACUCCAGCAUGACCAAUUUGGAGGUUAUGACAUUCGUUCCAAAUGGUGGGCAUCCGGAGAUUCCACCCAAUUGUCCUGAGCGUUUAAAGAACCUCAUGCUCCGUUGUUGGGCAUUUCAUCCAGAUCAGCGACCAGAGUUCAAAGAUUGCUUACAAGAAGUUCAAGAGCUCCUGGUCUAUCAGGACGAGUUGGCGGAGAUCCCCAGCUUCAGCCAGUUCAAUCCGUCCUCCCGAGUGAACAGCACAUCCAAUGCUAACUCGAGGGACACUUGGAAGACCUCAGGCCACUCACAUUUAAGUCAAGCUACCACUCUGCCCAUACUCAGAACCCAAUCCUCUAUGAUCACCUCACCCAACUAUCUCCAGUUGUUGCACGAAAGUAGUCCCUCCCAACGAUGCCGAACCGUGCCUUCAACGCCCAACUCCUCCGUGGGGUCUUGUUUCAGCCUUCAAUGCCCGUCGCUGUCCGAAUCUUUCUUGGACAACCAAUACAGGCAGCCAGUCCCACUUCCGAGGUAUGCUUUGGAUCCACAAGCCCCGAUGUUGUUGGGAGCUCAUUCCAUGAUGCUCACCAGCUAUCCAAUCCCGUCCCUUGAACGAUCCACGCUAAGAGGAAUGGAGUUGGGCAAUAGGCUUCUUUCGGCGGGGUGUUCGUCCCAAAGUUCGAAUGAUCAGGUCACGGAUUCUUGUUACCAAAACCUCCCCAAUGAGCACGUGUGCACAUUGCCACGAGGAACGCACGCCUCAAAUAUACUGCCGAGUGGCGGUGGGUCGACUUCAGCUUAAAUAUAAUCUGUAUCAAACA